AUGCUAUCAGAAAAUGCAGACCCCCUAUCUAUCUAUCUAUCUUUCUCUCUCUCUCUGCAUGUGAAUUGGUUAUUCUUAUUGUUAGCAUCAAGGCUCAAAGGAAAUUUGUUUUUCACUGGAAUGGUACCUUGGGAAUGUACAAAAUUUGUAAAAAGCACAUUAGUCUCUCUCACUCCUACGUUUUUAGUCUCUCUCACUCCUACGUUUUUAGUCUCUCUCACUCCUACGUUUUUAGUCUCUCUCACUCCUACGUUUUUAGUCUCUCUCACUCCUACGUUUUUAGUCUCUCUCUCUCACUCCUACGUUUUUAUCUCUCUCACUCCUACGUUUUUAGUCUCUCUCACUCCUACGUUUUUAGUCUCUCUCACUCCUACGUUUUUAGUCUCUCUCACUCCUACGUUUUUAGUCUCUCUCACUCCUACGUUUUUAGUCUCUCUCACUCCUAAUUUUUUAGUCUCUCUCACUCCUACGUUUUUAGUCUCUCUCACUCCCUACGUUUUUAGUCUCUCUUUUAGUCUCUCUCACUCCUACGUUUUUAGUCUCUCUCACUCCUCCUACAUUUUAGUCUCUCUCUCCCUACGUUUUAGUCUCUCUCACUCCCCCUACGUUUUUAGUCUCUCUCACUCCUACGUUUUUAGUCUCUCUCACUCUUUAGGUUCUCUCUCUCUCUGCCCUCUUUUUAGUCUCUCUCUCUCUCUCUAG